AUGAUGGAGGUGGAGGCGGAGAGCUGUUGGCCAAGGCUGCUCCUCCUGCUCUGUUUCAUGACUCUGCACAGCUCGGCCAUCGAUACCGGUGAGAUUGACACGCUUAAGACUCUAAGUACAUUGAAAACUAACAUCUGAUAACAGAAAAAGUGACGUACGCGAGGCAAGUGUACGCAAUUCAGGGUUUCUGCGCGUAAUGCUCACUGUGAGCUGCAGUUUGAUCUUUAUGUUUUCCCCUCAGACAAAAGGUAGUAGAACCCAGAUGUUGAAUUUGUUUAACUGCAUUGUGUAUAAAUUUGCUGACAGCUUCCCUUGAUCCAGAUCUGAAAAACAAGAGUUUGAAACUACUUUUGCCACUCUUUAGCAACUAUUGUAAACUACAAAAUAUUUAAGAGCAAUGGCAGCAUGAGAGAGUUCAAGUUGGAGCCCAAUUCUAUUGUUUUAUUUGUGCUUUUCAGAUUGAGUUAAGCAGUUCAAUACCUUCAUUUCUCCAAGGUUAAACACUGCACUGCAAUCUUUGCUGCUUGGUCCAGAAUAAACUGUCUUAUAGGUUAAGGUCUCAGUGUUUUUCAAGCUGCUGGAUUGUAACUUCAUCUCAGAGAAAUAUUUGGCUGUAGAUCCCAGAUUUUGAAAGGUCAAUACUCUGGGGACAAAUGUACCUCGGUCUUUCUCAAAAGGUUUGCAGCUGUGAUCCAAAAUAAAGCUAUAAAUGACCGCACUCUUUUCUUCUUCUGUCUGCACCAGUGCAAGUCAUCAAUAGUUAUUUGUGUUUUUUUUUUAAAUAAAUUAGUAUUGUCUUGAGCUUCAACAGUGGGUUAAACAAACAUUACAAUAAAUCAUAGCGCAUAUCUCAAUAAAAUGCUGGGAGCAACCUGCACAAUGUACAGAAAAUGUAACGACAGCAUCCUCAUGCCAAGUGUAUUGGAUAUCUGCGAGACGCUAUUUCAUUUCAGAUCUUCUGCACAUGUUCUUGGCCUCUUCCUCGUCUCUAGAGUGUCUUUUUGCAGUUUCUUAAAUUGUUGAAACUAGACCAAGCCAGUUUUUCCUGCUUUAAGUUAAAUCUUUUUCAUACGUACAUACCAGAUAUUUCUGCUUUUUUCCUGCACUCUGACUGUAAAACUUCAUGACAGUCAAAUAAAAAAUCAUUUUAAUAUUUUUACUUUGGACACUGAUCAACAAACUGACUAUUAAUCAAUACAGUUUCACAUUAAUAUCGACCAUUUCAUAUUGACUGUGUACUGUUACAGUCUAUUUGAUAUAUUUGUUUGUAUUGGAUUCAUUUUUUCUCCCAUGUGAUCCAAAAAUUAUUAAACUCAUUACGGCAUGUUCAAGAAGUAUCCUUCUCCUUCCAUCCAAAAAAAAUCAUUUUCAACAGACAGUUUCAAAAGACUCAUUUUUUUAGUGUCUCAGUCUUUAUUUGGAAAUAAAUAAUUUGAUUUAUUGUUAAUAUUUUUUGGAACAACAGGGCUGCUUAAAGUCUAAAUCCAACAGAAUGAAUGGUGAUGAUACCUGUGAUGCAAACUCUUAGUUAUGUGAUUUAUUUAUUAAGUCCUUUCACCUCCUAAAACAUUUUCUGAUUAUUUAUUUUUGAACCUUCAUUGGAUUAAAUGUUAUUAUCCCAUUGCUCUGGCUAUACACUGGUGUGAAAAACAAAGUAGCUGUGACCUCCAGUGUGGGAAAGUUGAGCCAUUAUAGGGGUGCAAAAAAGACGGUUCCCAAGAGUCCACCAGCGACCAACUCCAGAAGCAAAGAAACCUUCAUUAGGUCUCAUAAGAAGUUAAACAUGUGUGCAUCCAACAGCUGCAGAAUGUUAGAGUAUACACAAGAGAAUAAAAGCACACAGGUUAAAAUUUUGAAAUCUUGUAGGAUCAGAUUAGAAAUGUUUUUUUUUUUUGUUUUGUUUUUUUUAGUCAGGUAUGAGUGCACAUUCAAGUCCAGCUGGUUUAGUCCAUAUUCUCAAAGCAUGAGAUAUUAAGUAUUAAGGUAAUAUGUGCAAUUCUAUGAGUAACAACCAAAAAAAUUGCUUCAACUUAAAAAAUACAUGUUUUUAAAGCACAUAGAACCUACAUUUACACACUGUUGUUUAAUCACUAACCUGUUAGGUAUUUACUUGUGUUACACCGAUCACAUUUUCUUGUUCAAAAAUAAAAAAAUGUUGAAAUUCGAAACAUUUCAAAAAUGUGUCACAUCAACUGAGGUCCAACCUGACAGCACCAAGCUAAACAGGGUCAUGUCACCUGUUACAGUAGCAGAGGCAGACAUGGCUCUGUCGAUAAUCAUAAUUUAGUCAUCAGUAUCAUCCUUUCUGGAAAUGUUUCCUCUCAGUUUUAAGACUGAGUUCUGAUUCAGCAUGGAAUUCCUGGAAACAGCCCUCUACGAACCAUUUUAGUACUUCUUAUUGGUGCCAAAAAAUAGGCUGAUAAAUGUUAAAUGUAAUUCAUUUAUUUAAAAAAUAGUUAAUGAUGAUAAUCAAAAGAAGAGAUUGUGCCCCCUGGGUCAUUAAUAAUUUCAGCAUAACUUAACCCUCACUGAUGGUUCUUUUAACUGAGAACUAACAAAGUGUCAAAAUAAAAGCAUAUUUUUACAAUGUAGGAAACACAGCAAUCUAAUUACAAAAAAGACAAAAAACAUGUCAAAAUAAAAGCACAACAAACGAUAGUUUUAUCUCCUUCAAAGAAGUCUCUGCCACCAAUAACUGUGAACUUGAAAUACCGCCUGGAUGUAGCUGAGUGUGUAGGUUUGAGUGUGAGUGUGUGUUGAUUUCAGCACGUGUCAAAAAGAGUGCACAUCAGUGAGAGUGCGCAUGAUGGAGAGCUCAGUGUUGAGAUUUUGACCCAGUGAAGGCUGAAGUGACUGAUGAUGUGGAUAAAUCAUAAAUCUGAGCCUCCUAAAAAAUGGAUGAAGUUCCUGAAGUAAUGUGUUGAGUCACUUUUUUCUUGUGUUUAUAAAUUUGACAUAUUUUGUUUUGUUCUCAAGUUUUCUACAAAUAUAGGGAAAAUACUUUUACUCGGUUUUUAUAGCCAUCAUGAGGUGAAAAUCUGGUUUUCUGACAGCCUCAGUUUCGACAUACUCCAUGUGAUUUCUUCCAUAUGGCGCAGCUCUCCUGUGGUCCCCUUAGAAGAGUUAUUUGUUUUUCUAUACUGUGCUGUACAUAAAGCAUGUCUGCCUGAGUUUUAGUGUACAGUGAUUUAAAAGAAGCGUGUGUUGAGUCACCAUGUGAGGAGAACACAUGGAUGUACAGUAAGGCUGCUGCCCUUUUCCACACAAUACUCCCCCUGAGACAUUUGUCACUACAGUCUGUCAGCCAGGACCCUCGCUCUCUCUGCGCUCUGACUCUCCUCUUUCAGAUAAACUCCAUUUUACAGCAAACGUGUUUAAAAAGAGUUGACUUUUCGGCCUGUAGUAAUCUUUACAGGGGACUCGCUGUCCUCUGGUCAUAGGUGUUUUGGAUGGUAUCCCCCCGAGGUUUUUUAUUUUCUAACUCAGUGCAGAGGGGCUGAGCCGUUUCCCACCAACAGGGGCUCCGGGGCUUUAGGACAUUCCUGGAGGUCAGAGCGGGAGGAUCUGGUUGUCUCCUAGGGAAACCGAGCUAAUAAACUCCAGGGGUGGUCGUAAAUUUUCUCAUUAUUUGGCCUGCAGCCCAGAGGCAGGGGGUGGUGGGCGGCUGGGUGGGGGAUGCUGAUGCCGGAUCUGCCCACCCAUCUGUCCUGCUGUGGAUGAGUUUCAGCCCCUUCGUAUACAAUGAAUGUGCUUAUCACACAGACCAAGUUUACACAGACGUGAACCAGGAUGAUAAGAAACAUACAGAACAUUAUACAUUUUCAGAUCAAUUGUUAAGUUACUGUAGGCUGUACUCUGUUGUGUGUUGAAAGCUCUAUAAAUGAUUACGUUUGUGUAAGACCAUGAUUUAAAAGCACUCAGAGUCGAUCAAAUUAGUAUUUUAAAUUCAUUUUUGUGGAUAACUGUCAUUAUGCCAAAACAAUAAGUAAUACAUAUUGAUAAUUAGUCUUUGAGUCAAGAGGACUUAUGUAUUUGUAUGUGACUUCCAGCACCGCUCUGACUCUUGCCAUGUCCAGAAAUACUUGCACUAUACCGUUAUCAUGGCAUGUACCCAGGGUGAAGGGGAAAGAGAAUAUAACAAGCCGGUGAGGACCUUCUCGGACUGGAGUGGCAUGAACCAUCUCACCAAGACCAAGGAAAUGGUCAUUGACUUCCAAAGAUCAAAGCUCACACCCCUUCUGCCAGUCAGCAUUGGGGGAGUAGACAUCGAGGUGGUGGAAUCAUACCGCUAGUUAGGUGUCCACCUGGACAACAGGCUGGACUGGUCUGCUGAUGUUGAUGCCGUCAGAGUCGCUUCCACUUCAUUCGCAGGCUACGGUUGUUCAGCGUUUGCACUGACAUGCUGUAUAUGUUUUAUGAAUCUGUGGUGGAGAGCUCCCUGCUAUAUGCUUCUGUCUGCUGGAGAGGAAGCCUCAUAGACAGGUACGGGAGACGGCUGAACAAGCGAAUCCGCAAAGCAGGUUCAAUGCUUGGCAGGAGCAUGGACUCUGUGGGGACUGCUGGGAGAGACGAGCCUCGAGCAAGAUGCAGGGCAUAUUAGACUGUGUGAACCGUCCCCUGCACUGCAUCUUGGCUGGUCAGGAAAGCAGCCACAGUCGCCAUCGUCUUCUGUCACUAAAGUGCAACUGAGAGGUUCAAGAGGUCCCUCAUCCCAACAGCCAUCAGACUCUUCAACUCCUCAAUGGGGGGAGGUAGCACUCAGCCUAUGUCCUCAUCUUAGGUCUUAGCUCAUGUCUCCCACUACAUCUGCACACUCUCCUGCAUUUUUUGGCACUUUUGCACUUUUCCUACCAUGUGCGGUAGUUAUGCAUUGUUUGUUUUUAUUUGUCUUUUAUUUGAUUUUUUAUGCUACUUUUAGACAUAGUUAUCUGUCCUUUUUGAUGUGUCUGUGGGGUGCUGUGUCUUGGCCAGUGGACAUCUAUCUAUCCAUCCAUCCAUCCAUCCAUCUUCGGGAGCUCUGGGUCAGGGACCUACUGUGGACUGAGGUCUUGAGGACCGGUCGAGUCUUGAAGACCAGGGCUGAGUGCUGGGGAGCUCAGGGUCUGAAAGUGUGUGACUUGGGUUUGAAAUUAUGGUUUUCAUUAAUAAUUAGGGCAAAUAUGGAACAGACAAAAAAAUGUUGUUUGUCUUAUUGAUUUUAAGUUGUUUUAAUUUCUUUUUCCAUUUCCAAUAUAUUUCCUUGCAUCUGUAAAGCACUUUUAGCUGCCUUGUGUAUGAAUGGUGCUAUACAAAUAAACUUGCCUUGUCUUAUACGUGCUUCAGAUUACCGCAUUGACCCAUGGCUCUUCUAAGCACUUAAUCAGUCAUUUCUAGAAUUAUACAUCUGUCUGGAUUGUGUUAAGUACUGUGCUUUGUGACAUUUUUCUCCAUAGUGAUUCUGCUGGAGUUCCCCUGCUCCUCUUUUUGUAGUGUCUUGUGAUAACUUGGGUCAUUAUUUGGGGCUGUACACAUAAUAACUGGUUGACUCAUUAAUGAUGUGAUCACCUGUAGUGUAGAGUUCGGCUGUUUUAUUACAGAAAUGUUCCAUAUUUCAGAUUUUCCCUGUUGUCUUUUUCAUGUCAGUGAAUGUGGUGGACUUCUGCGGUCAGACGAUCCGGGGUGACGGCAUGAUCGUCAACUCUCAUCAAGAGUCCAAGAAGUAUUACUUUGUUGCCACAACAACCGACUGCCACCUCACCAUGCAGGCCAGUUCCCCCAAAGACAAGGUCCAGUUCCACUUCCGCUUCUUCUUAGUCUACAGUCUGCUGCGAGUGGCCCCUCUGAGCCCCGCCCCUGUCAUCCCAGAGUCCCCUCGUGGCUCCGCCCCUUUGAACCCCAGACUUGAGCCCACCUCUGGUGAGAGCUUUGAUGACCCGUGUCACGCCGGUUCAUAUGUCCAGUUCUAUGAUGGACGGGACAAAAACUCUCCUCCCCUCGGGCCUCCUCUCUGUGGGAAGAGCCCGCCACGACCUGUCCUGUCCACAGGAAACUACCUGACCCUGAGACUGGUCACCCGGGGAACUCAGCCCAGAGUGGACUUUGUGGGGGACUUUACCUCCUUCAGACUGGGUAAGAAAUAUAAAUAUGUGAUUUUGUUUUUAUCCACUGAUGUGUUACCUUUGAAAAGUAUAUAAUGAAAAAUCAUUUCAAAGAUCUAAUUUAAGGUUCCUUAUCUUGUCAAGGUUUGUAAGAGUUCAUAUGGAGCAAUCCCAGCCCACAUUGUCUAGUGCCAUGAAAUUUUAGGGUGGGUCUGAUGUGCUUUUAAAGACCGGUUUAUCACAGAGUUUUUAGGGACUGGCUGUGGUUUAAUAAUCCUGUUGUCUUUUAAGUAAAGUACUGUAUUUUGGCAUGGGGCAGGGGAAUUGGUUCUCAAGACUUUUGUAAUUCUACUUUACAUGAGUAGAGCUACAGGGAGUAAAUAUUUCAGUAUCUAGAUUGAUGAUAAACUAGUGUUUAAACAUCGUACAAAUAGACCAUUUAACCACCAACCAAGUCCCAAAAAAUCUACAUUUUUCUUUUUUUUGCAAUGCACCAUAAAAAUAAAGACUUUGGUCCCCCUUUGUGUUUUUAAGUCUGUCAUCAAGACUUAAACUACUUCUGAUAAUAACUGUUAAAGUUAAUUGUUUAAUACUUUGUAUUUUCUGUCCUGUUAACUGGUCUUCUCUUUCUUGGACAACAUAAAUAAGAGUCGUCCUUCAAUGAUUUUCAAGUUGCAAUAAAAACAACAUGAUGUACAAUAAAUCUGUUUCUUCAGGUUUCAACCACUCAGAGUGCAGCAGCGAACCUUAUUUCACAUGCAGGAAUGGGAAGUGUAUCCCCCUUAGUCUGGUGUGUGAUGAAAAAGGUAUCGACAACUGUGGGGACGGAAGUGAUCUGGAAGAAAACCUGACCACAGGCUGCAAAGGUCAGUGUGAAGAUGAGAAGACACUGAAAUGAAUUGCUAUAUUGCCCCCUUGCUAUAUACUUAUAUAUAUGCAUAAUCAAAUAUAUCAUACUGUCUUUUUCGCUGAAGCACCCACAGAAUCGCACAACUAAGGCUUGAAAACUUGAGCUUAAAACUUUUUAAAACCUGGAUGUUAGCUCUGUUAUUUUAGUUCAUUGUUGGGGGCUUUUUUUUUACGUUUCCAUUCAACUGAUGACCUGAACUUAUUUUGCUUUUCAGAAGGUCAGCUUUUACCUCCUGAACCUCUACCAGCGUUACCAACCCAACCUCCACCAGUUGUGACUCCACCCACUGUGCAGAUGGCUUCACAUAUGAACUGCGGCAUGCCGGACAGCACUCCCAGUCACGAGUCAGUAACAGGUGUGUCCUCUUGGACGUAAUCUUGUCUAAAUAGCUUGUAAGAACCAGCUGGAGCACCCAUCAACGCGUAAUGUCCAGUGGUCUUAUCCUGCAGGCAGUUUGUUGUGAAACGAGUCGCCAAGUACUCAUUUGGAUGCAAAGCGUCCUGAUGAGCAGGCGUAAAACUAAUAGAGACCGCCAUUGAGUUGUUCAUUCCUGCUAAAGACCCGUAAACCAAUAAAAGUCGAUGGAUUGUCAGGACGGAGAGCAGCCUUUUGAGUGAUCUGUCUCUAUUCCAGUGUCAGAGGAGCAAACAGAGACCGACUGAGUCAGACUGACAGAGUCUGAUUGCUUUUAAGACUCUGCCAACUUUCCUUUAACAAAACAGCUUUUCUUUUCUUCUGACUGAUCGAGAGAGAGCCUGAGGAGAGGAAUCACAUUCAUCUGCUGAGCAAAUUGCCAAAUGUCUAUUAGCUGAGAUCCAACAGUGUGUCCUCGAGAGCCUGGUGGGGGUGAGGCACCACAGGCCGGAUUAGCAGACAUAUUCAAUCUUCACAAAAGCCGUUCAUACUUGAAAUCCCACUUGAAAUGCGGGUUUGCUCCAGACAAAACAAAACAAAUUACUGUACACUCUUGGUCUGAGUCGGAUUCUUUUGUCUACAAAUGUCUGUCGAUGUUGAAAGAAAAGAAAAAAGUUAUUGAAGAUGUGUAAAAAGAAAGUCUCUGUCUGAAAAAGCAAAAAGACACAAGACCUUUGGAACUUGUCUGCAUGGAUUUCUUAACGUUUUAAAAGUAUUUUGAGUCACAGGUGAUAAAGAAGUUGAGUGAAAUAACUGGAAUCCAAGAAAUAAGGACUACCCCUUUCAUCCUCGAGGAAAUCCAGUAGAAAGGUUUAAUCGUACUUUGCCGGACAUGCUGCGAACUGUGAAGGAUCAGGAAAAAACAACUCCCAUGUUAUGCAUACGAUUUAUCUGUUGGAGACCUGAAAAUAAAAACUGCCCUGUCAGAGCGUUAGACAGAGACCUUCUGCUUCCUUGUGGGAUCUUACCUCAAUCAAAAGUUUCACCUGCAAAGCAACCGUGUAGACCAAAACCACCCUCCACCCAAGGCCCACCUGAAAUCAGAACCUGAAAUUACAUCAUACUGGUAAAGUGGACUGGCAGACUUUAAACUCUCCAGAUUAACAACUGUAAUUGACAUCACAGAUGAUCCUGCUUCAGAUCUAACGGGGCACUCACACCAAGCGUGCGUAAAAUCAUCUACUCGCUUAAUUUGCACGAAACUAGACGCAUGAAUGAAAAGUAUUUACUUGCUUCAUAUGCGCGUCAACGGUAAUUUCAACAGUAAUCACUGCCAAUUUAACUAGCGGGAUCAAGUGAUAGAUAAAGGUUUUUUACAAUAUACCAGGUAAUCCGACCUCCUCACUCACUUGCCUCCAGGCAAGCUCCUUUUUAUUCCGGUUUCGGUAAUUGACGAUCAGUUUGUCCUCCGUUUUAGAUACCAGUGAACAACCAUCUGCUUUCAUGCAUCACCUUUGUGCUGAUUGGUUAUCGGGACGUGACUACCCGCUCAAGUUAAGACAUUUUCAGCUUGCCUAUCCUGCGUCAUUUGCGCCACCAGAGUAGUAGGGGUGUCUAAUUGCGUCUUUGCAUUGACUUUACAUGUAAUUCAGUCGCGCGAAUGAUAUUACUCUUACUUGGUGUGCGGGGACAGUAAGAACCCCGGAGCCCAACCAAAACAUUGAAGCCCAACAAGAAGCUGCAGACAUAAGAUAAUCAUGAGAGUUCAGACUUGCUUGGUAAUGCAGAGAUCACAAACUCACCUGAAAAUGACAGUCCUGAGGCCUUAAAACUCCAGUGUUCAACACAAUCCAGACACUGUUUCAUGGCUGAAGCACUGCUUUUGCCUAUGCUCUGAAAUCCUGAAAAUCUCCCCGUGUCACACUCCAGCUGUUACCCUACCCUGUUCAUUAUGGAAAACAAACAAACAAACAAACAAACAAACAAACCUGGCCCAGGUUUAUCCACACAAUUGGACCCAAAACCGCCCAACCUGGCACUUUCAUGAAUGUAUUCCCUGGGGGACUGGUACCAGAUGUCUCAUUAGUACAGAUGAAAAAAAUUUUUUUUCAGCAUCAAAUCUCCUCCAAUAGUUAGUAAGUCUCUCUCUGAGUGCUCUUUGACUCUCUGUCAACUAUGUGUCUGAGCCCAAAGCUUGGUGGCUUCCUCUAAAGUCGUAACUCUUCAUAACCCUCUGUCUAAAGUCUAAAAAAUGUGCAAGAGUAAGUUUGCAUUUUAAGAGAGUCAUUUCCAAGGGAAACACAUUUCCUCCUCGUUUGUAGUUGUAACACGCUUUUCUACAUUUGCGAUUUCAUGAAGACAGGUCCUUUUGUUAAAGCACCAGUCCUGACACUCAGAGCAGAGCCACUGUGGCUCACUAGAGAAGGAUGUUGUAAAAAGUUACGACUUGACUGUACUUUCUCCCUUCUUUUAUUUAGAUAGUAAGAAAUCAAAGUUGAGAGGGCGCCACUGGAAGGCAAACACAGAGGAGACGAGGUUCAGGAAAGAUUAGAUAUCAGGAGACGCAGAGUCUUUGGGAAUCUACUGAAAGAGCAUCAGUCAGUGAGCUAAAACCAUCACUGCACAUCAGAGGAACAAAAACUGAGAGAAAUAUUUUGGUUGAGCAUUUUUUCAUACUUUUCUAUGUAUUAAAACUGAUUUUAGCAAUAAAAUAAAGGAACUCAAACCAACUUUAUAAAUCCCCAGGCUGGCUAUGACAUUUGCCUUGUGCAAAACCUUUAUAUGACGCAGGCUUGUAUUAGAGGCAGGUUAUUAUUUCAAAUCCUUUUAGUCUAAAAGUUUGCAUAAAUUCAAAAGAGCCAUCGUGCAUUCUGUUAGUGCAUGCAAGGUGCAUUGCAAAAACAAAGCCACAAACAGUUAAAGUGUUCGUAACCAUCAUCACAAAAUUUCUCCUUUGCAUGACCUUGAAAUAAUAACGGCACACACAGUCUGUAUGUGGGGGGCUUUAGCCACAGGUAGACCUUUGAGUGCUUCAUAACUAGAUAACCUAACUUCAGGUCAACCCCUCUCGCCAAUGGUUACAGUGUGCCCACCUGUCAGUCAAGCCAUGCCAUGCCUCUGAUUUGCCGAUCAGGUAACCCAAAUACUUUUGAAACACACUGCAGCAUUUUUUGAAGAGGUCAAAGACUCUGGCAGGUUGACCAAAAGCGAGAUCGAGUCAGCAUUACCAAUAUGGUGACUAGGGUUGAGUAUCGUCUGAUUUUGAAUGACUGCAAUCAAUCAACUGCACAGAGAUAAAAGUUCACUCUUCCUGCUAAAGUUAGCCAAACUUUUGACCGCAGUGGCUGUGGGUUGCAAUGCACUCUCUCUCUCUCUCUGUCUCUCUUCUCUCUGUGUGUGGCUUCGUCUCAUAUGCUUCGUUCUCAUUGGUCUUGACGGCUUCUUCUUCGUUGUUGUUUGGCGGCUAUUUCUUCCGGUCGGCGGACUCCGGCAUCAAAACUUGGAAUCAAAAUUUUAAAAUUUGAACGAAUCCGGGAGAAUCGGAAUGUUAGUCCCGGUCCCCAUCGAUGCUCGAGACUCGAUGCCCAACCCUAAUGGUGACAGAUGUUGCUAGGCUUUAAAACUCUGCUUCACAUACAAAUGGGUGAUGUCAAAGAUGCUACAUCCAGUUGUCAUACAGUCUAUGGUCUAUACUCACACAGAACCCAAAGCAGAGUCAAUCUCUCUGUAUGUGAUCUCUUGAGUGCAUGUCGUCACAAAGUGACAGAGUGAAAUCACUGAUAAGACAUGAAUAUGUCCCACCUGUACAAAGAUAGAUCUAUUUUGCCUCUUUUUCCCUCAGACUCUCCGGCCUCCCUGUCCCUGCUGAUCCUGUACAUCCUCCUGGGCGUGGUGGCUGGCGGCUUGGUGCUCUGCUGGUGCUGCUGGUCGCCCGGCUGGUUCUUGUGGCGCAUCAGCAUCUGUCGCUUUCUACCCUGCUGCAACGUUCCCUGCUCAUCCUGCCAGCUCUGCGCCCAAAGCUGCAUGCACAGCAAGGAGCACCGACUGGCCAAAGUCACGCCACACACACCAGCGAAUGGGACCCUGGUGGGGGCGCCUGCAAAUGCCAACAGUGCGGAGGAAAACAUUACUGUGGCUACUGUUUAG